GCCUUGGGCUGAUGAUGAUGACGAUGACGACGACGUACUGCGCAUGCGUGUUCCGUGUCGCUUCCACCGGUCUCCCUCCGCCAUCUUUGUAGCUCUGCUGUAGCCUCCAUUGUUCAGAGUGGAGCUCACACACACACACACACACAUAGAGAGACACACACAUACACACACACACACACUCACACACACACACAGAGGCGGUAAACCAGUUCACACACACACACACACUCUGCGCCAUCACACGACCUGACGGUGUCUCGGGCAGCUGCCGGCGACACGUCGUGGAUUUUCUCUCAGGGUCGCGACUUGUUCCGACAGGAUGGACGAUGACCAGCCCAAAACCCUGUAUGUGGGGAAUCUGUCCAGGGACGUGACAGAGGCCCUCAUCCUGGAGCUGUUUGGCCAAAUUGGACCCUGCAAGAGCUGUAAAAUGAUCGUAGAUACAGCAGGUCACGAUCCGUACUGCUUUGUGGAGUUCUAUGAGCAUAGACAUGCCACUGCCACAAUCGCAGCCAUGAACGGUCGGAGAAUUCUGGGUAAGGAGGUCAAGGUCAACUGGGCCACGACACCAACCAGCCAAAAGAAAGACACAAGCAGUCACUUCCAUGUCUUUGUUGGAGAUCUAAGUCCUGAAAUUACCACAGAGGACAUAAAAGCAGCUUUUGCUCCAUUUGGGAAAAUAUCGGAUUGUCGCGUGGUGAAAGACAUGGCCACAGGUAAAUCUAAAGGCUAUGGCUUUGUCUCCUUCUUCAACAAAUGGGACGCAGAGAACGCCAUACAGCAGAUGGGAGGUCAGUGGUUGGGAGGGAGGCAGAUCCGGACCAACUGGGCCACGAGGAAGCCCGCUCCUAAAACCACAAAUGAAACGACCAAUACCAAGCAGUUAUCUUUCGAUGAGGUGGUCAACCAGUCCAGCCCCAGUAACUGCACCGUCUACUGCGGAGGAGUCACGAUGGGUCUCACAGAGCAAAUCAUGAGACAGACCUUCUCGCCCUUCGGCCAAAUAAUGGAAAUCCGAGUUUUCCCCGACAAAGGCUACUCAUUCGUGAGGUUCAACUCCCAUGAAGCAGCAGCUCAUGCCAUUGUUUCUGUCAACGGCACAUCCAUAGAGGGCUAUGUUGUUAAGUGUUAUUGGGGCAAAGAAACAACAGACAUGGUUAGCCCCAUACAGCAGGUACAGAUGCCACAGCAGAACACUGUGAGCUUCGCAGCGCAGCCCUACAGCCAGUGGGGUCAGUGGUACGGCAACACGCAGCAGAUUGGUCAGUACGUGCCCAAUGGAUGGCAAGUGCCGAGUUACGGCGUCUACGGACAGACCUGGGAUCAGCAGGGAUACAAUCAUUUACAUGCUGGCGCCGGAUGGACAGGAGUGGGCGCCGUGAGCAACGGCGGCAUGGUGGAGCCCGGGCAGGGCGUGAACGGGACGAUGCUGACCAACCAGGCCGGCAUGAGCACCGCCGGCUACCACACCCACUGAUCACUGACCACAGCAGCCCUCUUUUAAAGCCUCAUCCACAGGAGGCCACAAAGGAUGAUACUCUGCUGGAGGGGGAGGGAGGGAGAACGGGAGCGGCGCAUUAGAUGUGCUCUCUCUCUGUUACCACACACACACACACACACACAAGUUAUUCUGUUAGCGAGGCUGGUACGCCAUUUUAUCAAACCUUUAACCAGCCCGUAACCUCACCCACUGCCCAAAUCUGCAAGUGUAAAGAAAGCCGACCCACUCCAGAUUAACACAAACAGCCAUCGCUAAAUGCACUUUUUGCAUUCCUGGGCCCAUUUUUAUUGUUUGGCGUAUUUUUGUAAUGCCUGCAGAUUUAACCGGCCAAAAUGUAAAUUUAAAAACGACCGUGUCAAGACAUUUCUAGCACAGCCACAUUUUAGUUUUGAUUAAAACCUUAUAAGCGAAACACACCCACACAAGUUUUGUUUGUUUUCAGCCCCCUCGAGAGCAAGGGCGGGAUUUUAUAACCAAUCAUACAGGUGAGAGAGAGGCGAGCAACAAGUCCACAGAAAAAAAGGUGCGAUUAUCUUUAUAUGUUUGUUUUGUUUUUUUUCUCCGUUCUGGUCUGUCCGAAAAGCGAAACACGAGUCCGAGCGAGUUCUCGGUGGUGUGUAGGAGAUCGGGCGGGAGCGGGGCGACCACGAAACAAAGUAAAUUUCUGGACUCUGACGGACUCUUUUAACGGAAGUCUGUGGAUUAAAGAAGCGAGUGUGUGCGUGUGUGUGCGCUUGCGUGUGUUGCAUGAACUCUUGAUGCUUUUACACACAAACAAGACGACGUCCAUCUUCCUCUCCCGCGAAACGAUAAAAGGACUACGCCAUCUCUUUUUUUUUUUUUUUUUUUUGCUGUCAUUUCUUUAAAUCGCUGACGUUGUAUAAAGAGCUUUUUGCCUUCUUUUUUUUUGUGCGUUUCAUUUCGGGAUUGUCUUAUUAAAAAGAAACGUUGCAGUGACACCAUCGAAAUCAUGUGACACAAGCGGAGACCUUUUUAUGUUUGUUUAUAAAAAAAAGAAAAAAAAACAGUAAGUGGCUGUCAACUGUCAACUUUAUUUUUUAAAAUUAGAUUUUCAAUAUCUCAAAUAAAUAAAUUGCAGGGAUUACUGCCACUCUUAUCUUACUUAUAGGCAGACGAAUAUUGCACAAAUACUUUCACAAAAUUUGAAAUACUAGGGUUUUUUUUUUCUUAUGUUUUUUUGCAUUCCACUUUUUUCUUUUUUGUAAUUUUUUUCUUUUGGAAGUCUGUUUUUAUGUUUUAACAGUCUGCUCACUUGUACUGAAUCUGUAUAAAGACGACGUGUUUAAUUUAAGGAAGCGUGUUCGCUCGCUUCUGGUUUCCAGAAAGAACAGUAGCAUCCUUUUCUUUGUUGUUUUUUUUUGUUCAGUGUACAGUAGAAGAAGAGACAGUGCAACGUUUGAUUCUUCCAGAGGCUUCAGGUUGGGGCGAGCAGUGUUGCUAUGCAAUGCAACAAGAAGAAGAAGAAGAAAAGCCGUUCGAUUGACAUCGUUUAAGUUAUUCUGUUUUAAAAACCUAAAAUAACGGUUGUUUUUAUAGAUUAAGACCUCGCAAUGAUCAGAUUUUUUUUUUUGCACUGUUGGCCACCAUCAUUUUUAAUAUAGUUGGAAGAAAGAAGAAAAAUCCAUUGUGUUGCCUUAUUAUCAGUGAGUUACUUUUUAAUUUAACCAAAAAUUCAUCAGAGAGUAGGCGGUGCCUAAGAAUGUUUUCAACCUGUUUUUGUUUUUGUUGUUUUGGCAAGGGAAGUUCUGUUGAUGCUUCAGUAACAUGGUUUGAGUUUUUGCUUUGUCCCAUUAAAAAUGCUGAUGCUUAAAA